AUGGCUACAGUUCAGGAAGCCAUCAAGGAAUCCCUCGUAGGUAGCGAGCAACCUGCUCUGCUUACCGAUGAAGCAAAGAAAACCUUUGACAAGUAUGCGUCCCAUACCGCUCCUUCGGGAGAGCGCUACAUGACCAAAGAGGACUUUGUUUCGGCCAUUGCACCUCCGGACCAAGAUUAUCAUAAAAUCAAGAGGGAGCAGUACUUGAUUUUGUUUGAGGUGGCCGAUCGCCGCAAAGAAGGCAUUGUCAAUCUCCACGAUUGGGCAAAUUUCGAGAACCUCCUCGCGAAGCCAGAUGUCGAAUAUGAAAUUGCGUUUAGACUAUUCGAUGUCGAAGGUAAAGGCAGUGUAAAGUAUGAUGAGUUUAUUAAACUUUAUACAGCCAACAGGGACCCUUCCGGUAUUCCAUUUGACUGGAAUAGCAUGUGGGCGUCUCUUUACCUCGGGGGGAAGAACAAGCGUCAUGACCUGACGUACCCCCAAUUCUCACAGAUGCUCCGUGGGCUUCAGGGGGAACGUGUUAGGCAGGCUUUCCACUAUUUCGACAAAAGAGGUACUGGUUUUAUCGAACCAGAGGAGUUCCAACGAAUAAUCCUCGAAACCUCUGCUCACAAGCUCAGUGACCACCUUCUUGAGAACCUGCACACACUUUGCAACAUCUCUGUCGGGUCCAAGAUCAGCUAUGCCAAUGUCCGUGCAUUCCAGAACAUUGUUCGAGGAAUGGAUAUGGUUGACUUAAUUGUACGCAAUGCUACCGCCAAAUCUACUGACGGGAAGAUCACCCGCACCGAUUUCCUCAACGAAUCAGCGAAGGUCACUAGGUUCACUCUUUUCACACCCAUGGAGGCCGAUAUCCUGUUCCAUUUCGCUGGGCUUGAUACAACAUCCGGCCGUUUGGGACUUAAAGACUUUACACGUGUUCUUGACCCGUCAUGGCGGGGGCCAAAGCUCGAUGCUUCUGGAUUACUGCCUUCCACAGAGGGACUUCUCCCUACGGUUGGUUCAAUCACCCACGGCCGAGGUUUUUUUGGGCAAGCCCUAGAUGCAGCUCAGAACUUUGCCCUUGGAUCGCUCGCAGGAGCAUUCGGUGCAACUAUUGUUUACCCCAUUGACCUUGUCAAGACACGGAUGCAGAACCAAAGAAGCAAGGUUGUGGGCGAGCUUAUGUACAAGAACUCUUUGGAUUGCGCCAAGAAGGUUAUUCGUAACGAGGGAUUUUUGGGAUUGUACAGUGGCCUGGGACCACAAUUGAUUGGUGUUGCGCCAGAGAAAGCUAUCAAACUCACUGUCAAUGAUCUGGUUAGAUCUAAGGCGAAGAACAAGAACGGCGAGAUCACCCUUCCGUGGGAGCUCCUUGCGGGAGGGAGUGCGGGCGCUUGCCAGGUCGUUUUUACAAACCCCCUUGAAAUUGUGAAAAUCCGUCUUCAGGUUCAAGGAGAGGUCGCCAAAAAUGUCGAAGGAGUUCCUCGCCGUUCAGCCCUAUGGAUUGUCAAAAAUCUUGGGUUGAUCGGUCUUUACAAGGGAGCAUCCGCAUGUCUCCUCCGUGAUGUCCCGUUCUCAGCGAUUUACUUCCCAACAUACAAUCAUUUAAAAACCGACUUUUUUGGCGAAUCACCUACUAAGAAACUUGGAAUUCUUCAAUUAUUGGCUGCUGGUGCAAUCGCCGGUAUGCCUGCCGCAUACUUCACCACCCCUUGCGAUGUCAUCAAAACUCGUUUACAGGUCGAAGCCAGGCAGGGACAGACCCACUACCGUGGUUUGAUCCACUGCGCUACGACGGUCUGGAAAGAAGAAGGGUUUAAAGCCUUCUUUAAAGGAGGUCCUGCAAGGAUCUUGCGAAGUUCGCCCCAAUUUGGUGCCACCCUGGCUGCCUAUGAGCUUUUGCAAAACAUUUUCCCAACAGCUGGGAAAGAGAAACAGGACGCAGAAAGCCUCUCAGGCGGAAUCAUACCAGCUAUCGGGAUGGCAGAACAGAGUGCUCCUAUGCCUUACCUCAGAAGCCGGAACGCAUUGAAGAUCAUCAUGGAUCUCGAUCAAAACUUUGGACGCCCAAAGAUCCCACAAGGUUUCGGCCAGAGAUCUUAA